UUUAGUUCUUAGACCAAUACUAUAAUUUGUUAGAAUCCCACAACAAACAAUCCAAAACUACUCUGAUCUCAAAUCUAUUUUCUUGUAACUCAGAAAUUCCCAAUACUUCUUUUACUCUUACUUGUCUGAAAAUGGCAACAAUCUCAGCUAGCACUUCCGCUGCCUUGGUGGCACGCACCAGCCUUGUCCGCAAGAAUGCCUUUGGCGUUUCAUCUUCACCUGUCUUUGGAUUGCCUGCAAUGUCCGGAAGAGGACGUUUGACCUGCUCCGCGGAGAAGAAGUCAUCAAGCAGUGAAAGCAUCGUUGGCAUGAGUGCAUCACUAAUGGCAGCAGCAUCGAGCAUGAUGAUGUCAAACCCAGCUUUGGCUUUAGUUGAUGAAAGAUUGAGCGGAGAAGGAACUGGACUUCCUUUUGGUUUGAGCAACAACCUUCUAGGAUGGAUUCUUUUGGGUGUUUUUGCUCUCAUCUGGGCUAACUACUUUGUUUACACCGCUACCCUAGAAGAGGAUGAAGAGUCUGGUUUAUCUCUCUAAAUUGCUGCAAUGUGUAAUCUUCAAUUAGAAUUAAUGAUGAAGAACAGAAAACUUAUUUAAGUUAUUGGUUGGUUGUUUAUAUAUAGACAUGCUUGUUUGUUCUGGUUAAAAACCAUUCUUAAUGUGGUGUAUGUAGUUUAUGAACCUACUUAUAUUGUGAGCAUUGUUUUCUAGUUUCCUCC